AUGAGGUCGCUCAAUUAUUUGGCGGUCCUUUUGCCGCUUCAUUCUUUUCAUGCCCUGGCAAACAAGCCAGAAUCGGAUGUAAUCGUCCAUGUCACCGAAACAAGAACCGUUACUGUUUGCCCCAUAACAGAAUGGUUUACCUGCGAGGCCGAUCUUCCAACACCACCCCCUAACAAUGGCGGCGGUCCAGCAACGACAACCCCUUCAGGUGGAAAUGGUGGAUGGGGCUCCAGCAGCCACACCGCCAGCUCGUCUGGAGACAAUGGAGGCUGGGGUUCCAGCAGUCAUACCGGCGGAUGGGGUACCAGCAGCGGAGUAAGCACGACCGGGGGACAUGGUGGUGAUGGCGGUUGGGGAUCAAGCAGCACCAGCGCAGGCACAACUACUGGCACCACCACUGGCACUACCACCGAUGAUCAUGGACACCACGGUAGCAGCAGCACCACAGCCGGUCAACCCGGAACAACCUCCAGCCACCACGACGGAUCUGAUAGCACAACUUCAUCAUAUAGCCACUCAGUCUCUGGAACGACCUCUGGUACUGCCACCACUACCACCUAUACCACCACUAGCGGCACGACAACCAGCUCUUCUUGUGGACCAACAGCAACCAAACUCGGUAUUGAGAUCCCAACAUGCUUGGACAACACCCCAUCGGACCGUAGCCGCUGGUGCGGAAAGUCUAUUGACGAUGAUACUCACACCACGUUCAAGACUGGCAAGACCAAGAAAUUCACAUUGACCAUCACUAAGGAGAACAUUGACUUCGAUGGCUCCCUUAAGGAAUCGUUUGCCAUCAACGGCAAGACUCCUGGUGAGCCUAUCGUUGCCAACUGGGGCGAUGUGGUUGAGGUCACUGUUAUCAAUGGACUAUCUGAUAACGCAACCACUAUCCAUUGGCAUGGUAUCCGACAGGUUGGCACCAAUGAUCAGGAUGGUGUCCCCGGUGUCACCGAGUGUGGUAUUCCACCAAAUGGAGCCAGAACAUACACAUGGCACGCAUCGACUUACGGAACCGGCUGGUACCACUCCCACACAUUGGCUCAAUAUGGAGGUGGUAUCCGAGGACCUAUCAUCAUUCACGGACCUGCCACGGCCGAGUACGACUACGAUCUUGGUACAGUCAUGAUUGAUGAGAAGUUCACUCAGACUAUCUUCCAGAUGGCAUAUAACAUUGCUCGAGUCCGAGGAGCCCUACCUGCCGCUGCUAACUAUCUCCUUAAUGGAAAGAACACCUCUCCAGAUGGAACCACAGGUGAAGCCAGCAAAUGGAUUGUCAAGAAGGGCAAGAAGCACUUGUUCCGCAUCAUCAACAGUGCCGCCCAGAGUGCGUACGCCGUCCGAUUCGAUAGCCACAAGAUCAAGGUCAUCAGCGCCGAUUUCACUCCAAUUGUCCCAUAUGAGACCGAUACCCUCUGGAUCCAACCUGGCCAGCGAUACAACGUCAUUCUUGAGGCAAACCAAGCCGAGGGAGCUUAUUAUCUCCGUGCUGUAUCGCAGACUGGCUGUGGUGCUACAUCCAACAACAAUGGUUUGGGUAACUCCAACGGUAUCUUCUCCUACGAAGGUGCAUGCGGUGCCACACCAACAAGCAGCAACGCGACCAUUGUUACCGCAGGUAUCUGUAACGACGAACCGCUUGCAAGCCUUGUUCCCCAUGUCAAGAAGUCUGCUGGAUCCCUUGCCAAAUUCCAAGAGAAAGUCAAACUUCUACCGGCUGGAAACGCUGGCACCCAGAACUUUGAUGGCUUUGGACCUAUUCUCAGAUGGUAUCUGGGAGGAGCCUCGACCGAUCUCAGCACCAACAGCGCUACACCUGCUGGCAGCAAGACCAUCAACGUGACAUUCGAGGACCCCACUCUCAAGACCUUGUCCACACUCCCCGGCCUUGCCUACAACAGCUCCGUCUACGGAAACACUGCUGUGCUUGAUGGACCUGCCAAUGAGUGGGUUUACUUCGUCAUCCAGAACAACUUCCAGACAUCCCACCCCAUGCAUCUCCACGGUCAUGACUUCUCUGUCUUGGGCCAGGGCCGUGGUGUUUUCACCGCAGAUAUGGUUGGUCAACUCAAAUUCGACAACCCUAUCCGACGUGACACUGCUCUCCUCUUCGGCGGUGGUUCCCCACAAGCCUUCGUGUCUGGCUGGACUGUCAUUGGUUUCGAGACCGACAACCCGGGUGCCUGGGUUAUGCACUGCCAUUUGAUCUGGCACGCCGACGGCGGUAUGGGUCUCCAGUACCUGGAGCGUCCCAGCGAGAUCAAGGACUACUAUGAUGAUGGAUUCAAGCAGGAGUGCAAGGCCUACGAAGACUACAAGUCCGCUGGUGGCGCCGAGAAGCACCAAUAUGAGUCCGGUCUCAAGCGUCACUUGAGCGGCCACCAAGGCCUCGGCCACUCUCACGGAAAUGUUCUCCGCCAUUAG